CAGAGGGCAGCACGGGAUGCGAUCGCACGGCCCUGCUCGUGAGCAACCUCCCAAUUCAUCUCUGCAUGUCUGAAACAGUUUUUGUCACAGUUGGAACUACGAAAUUUGAUGCUCUUAUAAAUACCGUGACCGACGAAAAGGUGCUUCAGGAGCUCAACAAAAGAGGAUAUAAUCAAUUAAUAUUACAAAUUGGAAAUAGUUCGUUAGAUCCUGAUUGUACUCCAAGAUGCGGCUUUCAACAUAUUGACUCAUUUCAUCUGCGUCCUUCCAUAACGGAAAAUAUCAGUUCAGCAGAUUUAAUCAUAAGUCAUGCAGGUGCAGGAACUUGUAUUGAAGCACUAGAAGCUCAUAAACCACUAAUUGUGGUUACCAAUGAACUUCUUAUGGAUAAUCAUCAAUUAGAAUUGGCUGAACAGCUCUAUCGUGAGGGUCGCUUAUAUUAUUGUACUUGCGAUACCUUAUUGGAUCUUAUUCAAACAAUGGAUACAUCCAAAUUAGAUUCUACAUUCAUAGACAAUAGCAAAAACAUUGCCAAUUUUAUUGAUAAAAUUAUGGGUUUCUAGAUAUGAGAAUAAAAGAAUUAACCUAUCUAUCGUAUACCUUAUAUAAUAUCUAUCUAUAUUAUGUUACUUAUUUAUAUAUAAUGUAUUUAUUAGAUGUUGAUAAAAUACAAGUUCUUUUUAAAUAUUUUUUUAAUCAAAUUUAAAUUCAGGAUAUUUAAGUAAUAAUAGGUAACUUAAAGGUAUAAUGUUGUGUGUGGUAAUAGUCAUAUAUUAUAUUUCAAUAUAAUUUACAACAUGGGUACACUUGGUACCUAAAUAAUAGAUUUUUAGUUAGUACAGUUCACAUAGUUGUAAGCAAUAACAUGACAGGCUACAAAAAAUUAGAAUGGCAGGCAUUGGCAUAAAAUCUGCUCUAAGUAAGCAGUUUGUAUCUUUGUUAUAAUUAGUGGGAAGAAAGCUGUUUUUCUUUUAAAUAAUUUAUACAAAAUACUGUAUACAUUUAAAAUAAACUGCUUUUUAAUGGUGCCAAUGGGCAUGAA